AAAGAAGAGAAAGUAUUACAAAAAUCAAAGCGGUCGUCAUGACAAUGGCCUACCCGGGCGGGCUGGAGACAGAUUCAUUCCACCAAUCGAUGGAUGGUUCUAUUGUAUCUGUGCAUGUGCAGAAUCCUGUGGUCUGGAACUAGCGGAUGUGUGCCAAAGUCUACAGACCUAGAAGAGCCAGUGUCCCACAUACAGACCCCUCUUUCCUCUUUCAGCAUCAGGCCAGACCGACCGACGGAGCAGGACAGCCAUAGGAUACCACAAGCCCAGCUAAGAAGGGGAGAAGAGAGAGACAGAGAAGGGGAUAUAGAGGAGAAAGAGAAGAAGAGGAGAAUAGACAAAGAGGGGGAGGUAGAGAGAGACUGAGGGGAGAAAGGGAGACGAGUGAGACAGAGGAAAAGUACUUUCUGUAAGAGAAGAGGAAAAGGAGAGAUGCCUGCUGCCCUUCUCAGACCCAGAGGGCCCCUGGCCCAGACCAACCUGAUCAGCACGCUGCUGUUGUCUCUCUGUCUCCACACCGGCUCCGUCACUGGAGGCAUAAUGAAAGCUGAUGAGAUCCAGAAUGGUGGUGGGGACACCAUCAGCCACUCCCUGGCCCUGGUGCAGCGUCUGGAGGCCCUGCUGGCUCAGGGGAACGGCAGCGAUGUGGCCCUCAGGGUGCAGACAGUGGGAGCAGAGCAGGUAAAGGUGAUCCAGGCCCACUCCCUGAUGCUGUCCCUGCAGAGCACUGUGUUCGAGGAACUGCUGCUCAGCCGUAACGGCACCACCCUGGUCCUCCUGGAGACCGCUGAGUGUGCUGCCGUCUUCGACAACUUCAUCAGGUACCUGUAUUGUGGAGAGAUCUCCCUGUGUCUGGAGCAGGCCACCUCUCUACACAAGCUGGCCACUAAGUACCGCGUCCAGGGCCUUCAGCAGGGGGUCACCCAGUACAUGACCCAGAACCUGGCCAGCAACUCCCCUUCUGGACACGUGGUGGAAUGGUACCAGUACGCCCUGCAGACUGGAGACGUGGCCCUGCGGGACAGCUGUCUGCAGUACCUGUCCUGGAACCUGUCCUCUGUGCUGCAGAGUGGGGAGUGGACGCAUGUCAGCAACGACCUGCUCAUGACCCUGCUGCAGCGCUCAGACCUCAUCCUGCAGAGUGAAAUGGAGCUCUUCGCGGCACUGGAGGCCUGGAUCAAUCAGAACGAACCGGAUGCUCUAACGGCCGAGAACGCUCUGAGAGCCGUCCGUUAUGCCAUGAUGCCCCCUAUGGAGCUCUUCCGCCUGCAGACCCAGUCUCCUGUUCUGGCCCGCUACCAGGAGUCGGUCCGGGACCUCCUCUACCAGUCCUACCAGUUCCACUCCUCCUCCCCCCUCCACAUGGCCAAGUACUUUGACGUGAACUGCAGUCUCUUCAUGCCCAGGAACUACCUCUCCCCUGCCUGGGGGAGUCCUUGGGUCAUCAACAACCCCAUGAGGGACGACCGCAGCACCAGCUUCCAGACGCAGCUGGGCCCCAGCGGCCAUGAUGCCAACAAGAGGGUGACCUGGAACUCCCUGUUCUCGCCCCGUUGGUUGCCCCUCAGCAUGAGGCCAAUGUACUCCGAACAGGGUUCCACACAGCCGACACGCGUUGACGGAGGCCGCCUGCGCAUCAUUAUUACUCCCGCUACAUCGAGUGCAGACUUUGCCGGGGUGAGCUUCCAGAAGACGGUGGUGGUGAUGGCGAGGAAGCAGGGAAAGAUGGUGGUGAAACAUGUUUAUAAUUUCCACCAGAGCACCGAGGAGACUGGAGACUUCCUGGUGGAAGCCGAUCUGCACCGUAAGACGUCUGAGUACCUGGUCGAUGGUUCCCUUCAUCUACACAUCGUGGUCAAGCCGCUCUACCAGACCCUCAUCGCUACGAAGAAAUGACCCCCUUCACUCUUCCUAUGCGUCCCAAUUCUCUAUCCUUCUGCUCUAAGUGUGUACUUGUUCACUUCCCUUCAGGUCACUUGUUCACUUCCCUUCAGGUCACUUGUUCACUUCCCUUCAUGCAUGUAGAGGAGUGCAUGAGUGCACACUUCGGGAGAAAUUACCCUCCUCCCUCUCCAUACAUGCAGUGGUAUGGUGGACACCAUGUAAGCCAAGCACUGCCCUCUUAAAGCAUCACACUCAUAUCGCAUAAUACGCAAUGUCAAGGGAGAACCAACCCACCCCAUCAUGUCUGCAGUGUAUGGGAUACAUGGAUAGUAGACGAUAUCUGUUUGAUAGCUUUUAGAAACAUUUUGAACAGUAUUUAUUCAAGAUCAUUAUGUCUUUCAAACUUUGUUUUAGCUAUGUUUUAAAUACUAUUUAUCUUGGUGCUACUAUACGCCAGGCAUUCACCUCAAAGGGGGCUUUGCCAUUCAUCACAUCUGACAUGGUCACCCUGUUCUGUUUCUCAUGUAGCAUACCAAGGCCUACAAACCAAAGUACUAGAAAUUGAUAGUGAAAUGGAUUGAAUCCAUUUAGCCAGUUUGUAUAAUAAAUAACACUAAGGUUAUCAAAAACGUUUUUAGAUUAGAUUAAUUGUCACUUAUUUUUAUUAAUAAUAGUUAAUAUUAGUUAUCUUAGAAAAUGUUUAAAAAUCAUACAACGUUUGAGGAGCUUUUAUUAUUCUCAAGCUGUUCACCAAGGUUCAGAAACAGUGUUUCCUCUUCAUUGACAUUACUGUUGAAGAUAUAUGUUGCUUGUGGUACCAUCCAAUAAAGCAAAGUUCUUCCAGGGCA